GAGCGGGAGGCUGGUCUCCCCAGGUGACAGACAGCCAGCCGUGGAUGCAGCUGGACCUCAGGGACAGGAUGGAGGUGACGGCUAUUGCCACACAGGGUCGCUACGGCAGCUCAGACUGGGUCAGCGGCUACCUGCUGCUGUUCAGUGACACCGGCCUAGCCUGGAAGCAGUACCGACAGGAGGACGGGGUGGGGGUGAGUUGCAUCAUACUGUAGAUUUACUGUUUCGUUUGUGAAGACUUGUGAAGACUUCACUGAUGUGCUAUUCGCUGAGGUAUUGCCUUGGCUAUAGCUCAAUGGGCUAAUACGGGCAUGCUGGAGAACCAGGUUUGAACCCAGUUGGUCACAUUGACUUCAACGUAACCAUCUAAGUUCUGACUUUUCUUUUCACUUGGCACACUAGGGUGAGUGAGUAGCUGUGUAUUGAGCUGUAACUCAGAGUAGGUCAGAGCUGCAAGGGUAAACCUCAUAAAAUAAGACAUUGGGUCCCGCUCUUGUACAUGAGUUAGUGUCCUCUGGGUGUGAGAGAGAGCAGAUGGCUAAACAUCUCUGUCUUCGUUUUGCUCUGCCCAGAGGUACCAUGCUUUGUGGGAAAACGAUUAGGAGAAUUCAGACUCUGUAACUCACUUUUUAUCUCAUUGUUUCAUAUCCUUGUGAAGGAAACAUUUUGUUAAGUCUGACAAUAGUCUGGGAUGAACUGUGUGGAUGUACACUACACACUUCUGGCUCACUCCACGUGCAUCCUAUUCACCCUCUACUAUGAAUUUAUAGCUAGUGCUUGGCUAGCGUGUGUGCAUAAUUGAGAUAACAUCUACCAAAAAUUGCCUGUUUGUACCUCAUGAUGUUGGUGUGCACAUACAACCCAUUGUGCUCGCCCCAGUUAUGUCAAAUAGCGUGACAGAAAUCUUAAAUUGGAAGCACUGAAAAAGAAUGAGGAGAGAAAAUGGAUACAACACAACUUUCCUGCCAUUUUUUCUGAAGAAGUUUCUCUCUCAUGGUGUAUAAUGAAUAGUAGUUGGAGUUACAAGUACAAACAGCGUGUCCAGUAUACUACUGCAGCCUGUCUUCUAUUAUUUAUUAUCUUCUUCGUCUUUAAAAAUACAUUGUUUUCACUCCACUAUGGGAAUGUGGGAUGGUGUAGAAAUGCUGGUGUAGUGUAUUAAUCCUGGGAGACAUGCUUUGAAAUUGUUUUCAAUGAUUGCUAGGGACUGAACAAUAAUUGGGAUGUACAGUGCAUUCAGAAAGUAUUCAGACCCCUUGACUUUUUCCACAUUUUGUAACAUUAAAAUUGAUCAAAUGAAACAAAUUCCUCAUCAGUCUACACACAAUACCCCAUAAUGACGAAGCGAAAACAGGUUUUUAGACAUUUAUGCAAUUGUACAAAAAAUUUAAAACAGAAAUACCUUAUUUACAUAAGUAUUCAGACCCUUUGCUAUGAGACUCAAAAUUGAGCUCAGGUGCAUCCUGUUUCCAUUGACCAUCCUUGAGAUGUUUUGUCAACUUGAUUGGAGUCCACCUGUGGUAAAUUCAAUUGAUUGGAGAUGAUUUGAAAAGGCAAACACCUGUCUAUAUAAAGUCCCACAGUUGACAGUGCAUGUCAGAGCAAAAACCAAGCCAUGAGGUCGAAGGAAUUGUCCGUAGAGCUCCGAGACAUGAUUGUGUCGAGGCACAGAUCUGGGGAAGGGUACCAAAAAAUGUCUGCAGCAUUGAAGUGGCCUUCAUCAUUCUUAAAUGGAAGAAGUUUGGAACCACCAAGACUCUUCCUAAAGCUAGCCGCCUGGCCAAACUGAGCAAUCAGGGGGAGAAGGGCCUUGGUCAGGGAGGUGACCAAGAACCCGAUGUCACCCUGACAGAGCUCCAGAGUUCCUCUGUGGGAGAACCUUCCAGAAGGACAACCAUCUCUGCAACAACAAUCAGUCCUUUAUGGUAGAGUGGCCAGACGGAAGCCACUCCUCAGUAAAAGGCACAUGACAGCCCACUUGGAGUUUGCCAAAAGGCACCUAAAGGACUCUCAGACCAUGAGAAACAAGAUUCUCUGGUCUGAUGAAACCAAAAUGGAACUCUUUGGCCUGAAUGCCAAGCGUCACGUCUGGAGAAAACCUGGGACCAUCCCUACAGUGAAGUAUGGUGGUGGCAGCAUCAUGCUGUGGGGAUGAUUUUCAGUGGCAGGGACUGGAAGACUAGUCAGGAUCAAGGCAAAGAUGAUCGGAGCUAAAUACAGAGAGAUCCUUGAUGAAUAUCUGCUCUAGAGCGCUCAGGACCUCAGACUGGGGCACAGGUUCACCUUCCAACAGGACAAUGACCCUAAGCACACAGCCAAGACAACGCAGGAGUGGCUUCAGGACAAGUCUCUGAAUGUCCUUGAGUGGCCCAGCCAGAGCCCGGACUUGAACCCGAUCGAAUAUCUCUGGAGAGACCUGAAAAUAGCUGUGCAGCGACGCUCCCCAUCCAUCCUGACAGAGCUUGAGAGGAUCUGCAAAGAAGAAUGGGAGAAACUCCCCAAAUACGGGUGUGCCAAGCUUGUAGCAUCAUACCCAAGAAGACUUGAAGCUGUAAUCGCUGGCAAAGGUGCUUCAACAAAGUUGAGUAAAGGGUCUGAAUAAUUAAGUAAAUGUGAUAUGUCCAUUUUGUUUUUAUAAAUGGGCCUUGGAAUAGUCCCAUGGCUUUGCUGUACUCAUGCCAAGAGUAUUUAUUUUCCAGAAUAUAAUUAUGUUCAUUUGGACAGCAUUUUACACCAGGGAUUUCUUUGAGUUGCAAGUCAGAUUGAGGAAACAUUUUUAUGUCAAUAUUGAAAUUGCUGGUAUAGGUGAAUUUGAGGACAUCGUGAGGAACUAUGUAUAUCCAAUAAUUAUUUCAUGAGCUUACAUGAUACACAGGAAAGCAAAUCCAUUACCUAAUAUUGUCACGAUCGUCGUAAGCAACGGACCAAGGCGCAGCGUGAUGUGCGUACAUCUUUUAAUGAGUACUUUAAACAACAAUUUACAAAACAACAAAACGAUACGUGAAGUCCUAAGGUUAACAAACACAAACCUCUCCGGAACAAGAUCCCACAAAUGACAAGUGCAAAACAGGCUGCCUAAGUAUGGUUCCCAAUCAGAGACAACAAGCCACAGCUGCCUCUGAUUGGGAACCACCCCGGCCAACAUAGAAACACAUGAACUAGAAACUAACACCCUGGCUCAACAUAUAAGAGUCCCCAAAGCCAGGGCGUGACAAAUAUAUCCUUUAGUAAAUACCUGACACAUCUUUACUAUUAAAUGAAAGAAAAUACAAUGUAUGCUUUGUGAUAGGAAAUGUACUUAAUAAAUAAGCUGUACCAGACAGGUGUAAAUACAUGUCUUUGAUUUCCAGGUAAACAAACCCUCUCUGUGGCUCUAGUUCAGCCUCUGGUCUGUCAUUUCCUUUCACUAACCACAACCUUCUAACUGUAAAUCACAUCAUUUUCUCAGCAACUUGUUUUCGUCUGCUAUUACUAAGACACUAUGGCUACACUCUAGCCUAUGUAAUUAAAAUAAGUUUCGAAUUGGAAAAAAAAAGUGUUUGGUCCCCACACCUUGUUAUUAUAUUUUUAACAUUGCAGAACCAAUUGCAGAACCAAUUGCAUGGACAAAAUUAUUGUUCUGGAGUGGCCAGAGAAGAGUAUAGAUCUGAAUCACAUCCAUAACCAAUGUCGAGAGCUGAAAACAGCAGUUGGUGGAGGGUACCCCUCAAACAUUGAAGAAUUAGAGCAGUUUGCUGCUGAAAAGUGGGCACAAUUGCCAGUAGAAAGGUGCAGCAAGUGCAUUGGUGGCUCUAAGAAGCAUUUGUUGGCAGUUAUCUUGGCCAAAGGCUGUGCUAAUUCUGGGGUGCCAAUAAUUGUGUCCAUGCCAUUUUGUUUUUAUUUUCUCAAUACAAAUUAAACUAAAGUUUACACAAAUAUAAUGGGUUCUGCAAUGUUGACAAUCCAAUAAUAAGAUGUGGAGAACAAACUUUUUUUGUUUUUUUGUUUUUACUUAUUAAAAAAAUGAAUUGGGAAUUAAUCAAGAAAGGUGCAAGAGUGCCAAGCUUGUGACUCUAAACAUUUGUUGGAUGCAUUUGCUGAACUUGUUUUGGUUAUGUUUCAGAAUUUUUUGUGCCCAAUAGAAAUGAAUGGUAAUUAAUGUAUUGUGUCAUUUUGGAGCAAUAUAUAAAUAUUAAAAGCAAUAUAAUAUGUUUUUAAACACUUCUACAUUAAUGUGGAUGCUACCAUGAUUACGGAUAAUCCUGAAUGAAUCUUGAAUAAAUUACAGAGGCAUAAAUAUCAUACCCCCCAAGAAAUGCUAUUGUAAUGGUGAGAGGUUAGCAUGUCUUGGGGGUAUGAUAUUUGUACGUCUGUAACUUUCUCACUCAUCAUUAUUCACGAUUCAUUCAGGACUAUCUGUAAUCAUGGUAGCAUCCACAUUAAUGUAGAAGUGUUUAGAAACAUAUUCUUAUUUGCAAUAAAACUUACAAAAUGACACAAGACCAUUCAUUUCUAUUGGGCAUAAAAUAAUCUGAAACACAACCAAAACAAACAGCAAAUGCAUCCAAAUGCAGCUUGAUGUAAUCAAAUACUAAACUUUGGACUACUUUAAUACACAUAUACAGUGGGGGAAAAAAGUAUUUAGUCAGCCACCAAUUGUGCAAGUUCUCCCACUUAAAAAGAUGAGAGAGGCCUGUAAUUUUCAUCAUAGGUACACGUCAACUAUGACAGACAAAAUGAGAUUUUUUUUUCAAGAAAAUCAUAUUGUAGGAUUUUUUAUGAAUUUAUUUGCAAAUUAUGGUGGAAAAUAAGUAUUUGGUCAAUAACAAAAGUUUCUCAAUACUUUGUUAUAUACCCUUUGUUGGCAAUGACACAGGUCAAACGUUUUCUGUAAGUCUUCACAAGGUUUUCACACACUGUUGCUGGUAUUUUGGCCCAUUCCUCCAUGCAGAUCUCCUCUAGAGCAGUGAUGUUUUGGGGCUGUCACUGGGCAACACAGACUUUCAACUCCCUCCAAAGAUUUUCUAUGAGAUUGAGAUCUGGAGACUGGCUAGGCCACUCCAGGACCUUGAAAUGCUUCUUACGAAGCCACUCCUUCGUUGCCCGGGCGGUGUGUUUGGGAUCAUUGUCAUGCUGAAAGACCCAGCCACGUUUCAUCUUCAAUGCCCUUGCUGAUGGAAGGAGGUUUUCACUCAAAAUCUCACGAUACAUGGCCCCAUUCAUUCUUUCCUUUACACGGAUCAGUCGUCCUGGUCCCUUUGCAGAAAAACAGCCCCAAAGCAUGAUGUUUCCACCCCCAUGCUUCACAGUAGGUAUGGUGUUCUUUGGAUGCAACUCAGCAUUCUUUGUCCUCCAAACACGACGAGUUGAGUUUUUACCAAAAAGUUAUAUUUUGGUUUCAUCUGACCAUAUGACAUUCUCCCAAUCCUCUUCUGGAUCAUCCAAAUGCACUCUAGCAAACUUCAGACGUGCCUGGACAUGUACUGGCUUAAGCAGGGGGACACGUCUGGCACUGCAGAAUUUGAGUCCCUGGCGGCGUAGUGUGGUACUGAUGGUAGGCUUUGUUACUUUGGUCCCAGCUCUCUCCAGGUCAUUCACUAGGUCCCCCCAUGUGGUUCUGGGAUUUUUGCUCACCGUUCUUGUGAUCAUUUUGACCCCACGGGGUGAGAUCUUGCGUGGAGCCCCAGAUCGAGGGAGAUUAUCAGUGGUCUUGUAUGUCUUCCAUUUCCUAAUAAUUGCUCCAACAAUUGAUUUAUUCAAACCAAGCUGCUUACCUAUUGCAGAUUCAGUCUUCCCAGCCUGGUGCAGGUCUACAAAUGUUUUUCUGGUGUCCUUUGACAGCUCUUUGGUCUUGGCCAUAGUGGAGUUUGGAGUGUGACUGUUUGAGGUUGUGGACAGGUGUCUUUUAUACUGAUAACAAGUUCAAACAGGUGCCAUUAAUAUAGGUAACGAGUGGAGGACAGAGGAGCCUCUUAAAGAAGAAGUUACAGGUCUGUGAGAGCCAGAAAUCUUGCUUGUUUGUAGGUGACCAAAUACUUAUUUUCCACCAAAAUUUGCAAAUAAAUUCAUUACAAAUCCUACAAUGUGAUUUUCUGGAGAAAAAAAAUCUCAAUUUGUCUGUCAUAGUUGACGUGUACCUAUGAUGAACAUUACAGACCUCUCUCAUCUUUUUAAGUGGGAGAACUUGCACAAUUGGUGACUGACUAAAUACUUUUUUUCCCCACUGUAAGUGAAUUUGUCCCAAUACUUUUGGUCCCCUAAAAUGAGGGGACUAUGUACAAAAAGUGCUGUAAUUUCUAAACGGUUCACACGAUAUUGAUGAAGCACAUUCAAAUUAUAGCUGACAGUCUGCACUUUAACCUAAUAGUCAUUGUAUCAUUUCAAAGUGCUGGAGUACAGAGCCAAAACAACAACAAAAAAAUCACUGUCCCAAUACUUUGGAGCUCACUCUAUUUGGCGGCAACUGUAUUUCAAGUCAUAUUACUGAAGUUGAGACUCAUCAAUCCUAAAUUUAAAAAAAUUAAAAACAAAAAGUUGUUUUUUUGUCAAUCAAUCGAUGACACACAGAAUACUACGUCCAACUAACCUGUUGAAUAGUUAUAACAUUUCUUCUGUCAAUGUGAAAAGAUAGCAGGUGUCACCUGGUUUUGAUCCAUGCCUACAGAAACAGAAACGGUGGGAUGAAUUGGAUGAGUGGCAGCUAAUUAGUGAGACUUCCCUAAUGAAGGCACUCCAAAAGGUGGGCGACCAAUUUGAACCUGUACACCACACGGAGAUAUGAAUUGACGUCAGUCUGGCAUUUUAACAAGGGAAGUUCAAAGGUAAUGGCCUGCUGACGGCGGUGCAGACUGAGAAGGCUAAUGAGAGAACACCAGCUGCCUUCGUCUGCCAGGUUGUAGCAACUCUGCACCUGUAAGGUUAGCCAUUAGUAUGUGCUGCAUAUGAAAAGAGUGGUUUUAUAGCACUUAAGAUACACACAUGGGCAAAGGCACGUUCUCUAACACACCCACUCUCCCUCUCCUUCUUUCUCUCGCUUUCAAUGACACAUACACACUAACACGCAUGCACACACACACACACACACACCAACACCCAUAGCCACAAGACACAGCCAGAGCUGCAGUCCUUUUAUCUCUGCUCUGUGCCAGACCAGGUCACAAUGGCAACAUGAUUAUCUAUUCUUGCAAGUCUCCUCAGUCUUUGUCUCCUAGGAGUCACAUAGCAAGGCCAGCACUGCAAUGGCACAACAGGGAGUAUAGGCCAUGUCAGGAACAACAGGAUGGCACUCAUGAAACAGUUGCUCAUCAUCCAAUUAGACAAAGCCAGAGAGAAAAGAAAGGAACUGUGAUGGGUGAUUUGAAGGAGUCAGGCGCAGGAGGGUAAAUCACAGAAUACAGAGUUACGCAGGAUAGCGUCAAACAGUCCAGUGCGCAAAACAGGCGCACUGGAACAAAACAGGCACACGAGGAAAAUAUACCCCAGCAAUACAAAAUACACGUAGCUCAACCAAGCUACUCUCUCCUCACAAUAAACAAUCACCCACAAGGACAAGGGGGCAGAGGGAACACUUAUACACGUACUAAUGAGGGGAUAUGAACCAGGUGUGUGUAAUAGACAAGACAAAACAAAUGGAAUGAUGAGAUGUGAUGUGACAGUGGCUAGAAGGCCGGUGACGAUGAACGCCGAAGCCUGCCCGAACAAGGAGAGGAGGCAGCUUCGGAGGAAGUUGUGACAGGAACGACUCAUGUUUGUGGGUGACCAGCUAGCUAUUAAGUGAUGAAAUGUUUUAUUAUUUUGUGCAAUAUAGUCUAACGAUGUUGUUCUUUUUUUGUACCAUUGAUUUGUUGGAAAUUUGUUUACUUUGGUUUUUGUGUUUCCGUCAGUUCGUUUGAGAAGAUUGAUGCUCUCUGCUCCAAAUACACAACAUCAUAAAGAUAUUUUUUCUUUCACAUUCAGUUACAAUGUUUAGGUAUUUUCAUGUAAACCCCUCUGAGCUUGUUAAGAAAGUUGUAUUUUCCAUCAAUUAUAAAUGUCUCUACCCCCAGAGUGAAACAGUGUGCAAAACACCAUUUAAGGGUUGUUGAAAAAACUAAAGACUACAGUAAUGAGAGUAUAUAAACAUACUCAGAUAUCACCUCUUCAAUCCGUCAGGAAGAGGGUGUUGAGGGUGUUUAACCAAGGAUUGACAUGCCUGUUAGCUAUGUAUGCAGAAGUGUUUGUGGUGUUUAGUUUUGUGUCGAACAUUAGGUUGGUGUUGAUGAACUAGAGUGAAGUAAACAUUUGGGUAACUCUUUUAGAUUAACUUGCCCUUGUUCUAUAUCUCCUGUAUAACUACUUUGGUAAACAGAAUGCAAAUACUAUACAUCUGGGUAGGUGUGUUUUUCACCGGGUGAAAGUUGAUUGCAUUCAUUUUAGAAUCGGGCUGCCUCUCGGAAGUGAGCCAGGUGCCCCGUUCAAAGCCCAAGGGGAAGUCAAUAUUUACAUUUGAGUCAUUUAGCAGACACUCUUAUACAGAACGACUUACAUGAGCAAUUAGGGUUAAGUGCCUUGCUCAAGGGCACAGACAGAAUUUUUCACAUAGUCGGCUCAGGGAUUCAAACCAGUGACCUUUCGGUUAUUGGCCCAACGCUCUUAGCCUAGAUGUUGCCUAGUAGGCUCACGUUAACUAGCAAGCUAACUUAGCUUGUUCAUUGUUGCUCAUGAGAGGAAGUUAGGCUAGCAAGCAUUUUAGCCAGGUAGCCUAUGACAACAAAAACUAAAAUUGUGUACAGAGUCAUAGAACAUUUUGCCAACAUGAAAGAGUGGAAGAUGGCAUUGGUGCUCAACUAGUCUACAAGUAGGGUGAGUCAACAUGUUCUUUCUACUGGCCCAUGCACACACGCAUACACACACAGAAAUCAGUACCAUGGACAGCCACAUGUUAUUUUGCAACAUUGAUUGGACUAAAUCGUUUUUGGUGUCUUUACAUUUGUUUUCACUGUAUUAGACUAAGCAUAUAUAGCCUAGUUGAUUUAAUUUUGUUUAAAAGUUUAAGUUGAAAUGGUGCUGGAAUAGCAGAGGCAGUGCUCCUGUUUUCUUUGUGCUGACUUGCGUUAACGCUCCAUUGGUCUAAAUCAGUAGUUGUUUAGUAAACUGUCAGAAACAUUAACUUGCUUGACCAUGCUGUACGUCAUGUAACUGUUUGUUACAUUAAAUAUUUGCUUCGUGGAUUUCACAUGGAGAGAUGUUGCUCUCCGACUUUGUGAUGUAACAAACGUAUACAUGGUAGAAUUUAUUCCACCACUGUGUGACUGUUGUCUUUUUGUUGUGUCUGCCUUAGUGUAUAUGAUGGUGGUGUAUGAACAAAUUGGUUAUAGAUCAAACAAUGCAAUUAUCACAACAUAGGUUGUAAUAUGGAUAUUUUCCUGGCUUGGUUUGGCUUCCCCAGUGAUUUUACCCACACACUGCUACUGGUGGUACAUAUAGUAAUGAAUAUGUAUGCCACAUUUUAGUGAAGCAACGUUUUUCAAAUUGUAUUUGCGAAAUAAGUGGGUGGAUGAGUAAACCCCAGUGAGUUUGCAAAUGCUUAUCUUGCAUAGACAUGAGUUAUAAUGCAUUUGUAAGUGCUUAGCUUGCACCUCUUCUAAAAUACAGUCACCAGGCUCCACUUAAAUGGACUCACAAUAGAAAAGCAUGGGAAUAAAUCAAAAUAACAGCCUAAAUAGUUACCUUGUAGGACUGCCUCUUCUUUAUUAUCUUCAUUAUCUACAGAGACCAAUCUCUGUACAGUCUAUCCCUCAAAGAGGUAACACCAUACCUGAAUUCCCUGUGUGUGUAAUUUGUGCCUCUUCUACUACCUCCCCCAUCUGCUAUUGUGUUUUCAGCUGCAGGGAGAAGUGAAUUAAUGGCAUUUCUUGACUCUGUUGAGCCUGGAGCUCCGGUGUCAAGAAUCCAUCUUUCCUUUACUCUGUGAUACACAUCAUUAUCGAUUUAGCUCGUCACCUGCCUCAAAUCCGUUAUGACGGCUGCUGGUCAUCAGUCAUCUGAGUUUCCUCUCUCUCGCUCUCUCAUUCUCUCUCUAUCUCUCUCGCUCUUUCUCGCUCUCUAUCUCGGUUCACCCCCUAAGCCUCCAUGGUGCAGAUUAUUAAUGCAGUGGAGGGUAGGAGGAUAGGGGGAUGGAAAUGACGAAGAAUAAUAACAUCUCACAGUUUCAGUGAGAGAUAUUCAUUGUUAUCUGCCUUGGAGCAGACAAUGUGAUACCAAUUGUUUUUUCCAGCUACUUGCCACAGAAGUGUGUGGUAGUGCAGUGGUGGAAAUCCUCACAUUUCCAACCCAGGCAACACAUUUUAUAUGUUUUAUCUAAAAGUAGGGUCAGGUGAAGAGAAAUAUAUGGCAUUAGUUUUGCUUUGUCGCGGAAUACUAAUACCUUUUACAGUUCUUGGAAACUACCCCCUUUAAUGUUAUGAUCCAAAACAGUCCUAGAAGACACAAAACCCUUUUAAAUUCUUUGUUGAAAAGUAUUUUUCCUCUAAAAGAUUCAAGGUCAGCUCAGACAGCCAUACUUGGUUAACAGUGACUCCCUUGAUAACGGAGCUGUAAUUUUUAGUUUUGUUUAAUGAAUGCAGUUCCCUCAAGAUUCCCCCCCCCCCGGAUAUUAACGCUUGGCAUUGCAUCUAACUCUUCUGCCUGUUCGCCCCUCCUCUCUCUCUGCUGUGUCUCCAGAGGUUUGUGGGGAACGUGAAUGCUGACAGUGUCAUCCACCACAAGUUGUCCCACUCUAUCAGAAGCCGCUUCCUGCGCUUCGUCCCGCUGGACUGGAACCCCAGUGGCUGGGUGGGACUCAGAGUGGAGGUGUACGGCUGUGCCUACAGUGAGUGACCAGACCACCCCUACCUCUUACAUACAGACCAUACACAUUAGGGUGUGCCUACAAUAAAGUGGCCACCAGGCCUUACACACAGACCAUACACAUUCAGCUAAUAUCAUAAUGCCACAGUGAGUGACCAGAACACCCCUUACAUCCAGAAUACCCUACUUUUGUGUAUACCCUUUAAUGAAAGCAGGACGUUUGAGGACAACUGCAGAAAUAGAGAUAGCGAGGAUUUUGAUAUUGAUGCUAUUCUCUCAUUUAUCACUAAUUAUUAAAGAACAAUGCUGACCAAAAUAUCUCAACAGCUAAUAGAGGCAGACAGUGACUGCCAGGCAGGCAUGCCAUUUGAGAGCCAGUCUAUGCCUGGGUAAUGCUAAAUACACUGAACAAAACUAUAAACGCAACAUGUAAAGUGUCAGUCCCAUGUUUUCAAAUAAAAGAUCCCAGACAUUUUUCAUACACACAAAAAGCUUAUUUCUCUAAAAUGCUGUGCACAAAUUUGUUUAUAUUCCUGUUAGUGAGCAUUUCUCCUUUGCCAAGAUAAUCCAUCCACCUGACAGGUGUGGCAUAUCAAGAAGCUGAUUGAACAGCAUGAUCAUUACACAAGUGCACCUUAUGCUGGGGACAAUAAAAGGCCACUCUAAAAUGUGCAGUUUUGUCACACAACACAAUGCCACAGAUGUCUCAAGUUUUGAGGGAAUGUGCAAUUGGCCUGCUGAGUGUAGGAAUGUCCACCAGAGCUGUUGCCAGAGAAUUGAAUGUUAAUUUUCUACCAUAAGCCACCUCCAACAUCGUUUUACAGAAUUUGGCAGUACGUCCAAUCUUCCUCACAACCGCAGACCACACGUAACCACGCCAGCCCAGGACCUCCACAUCCGGCUUCUUCACCUGUGGGAUCGUCUGAGGGGUGUGGGGGUGCUGAGCAGUAUUUAUGUCUGUAAUAAAGCGCUUUUGUGGGGAAAAACUCUGAUUGGCUGGGCCUGGCUCCCCAGUGGGUGGGCCUGGCUGCCAAGUGGGUGGGCAUAUGCCCUCCAAGGCCCACCCAUGGCUGCACCCCUGCCCAGUCAUGUGAAAUCCAUAGAUUAGGGCCUAAUUUAUUUAUUUCAAUUGAUUGAUUUCCUUAUAUGAACUGUAACUCAGUAAAAUCUUUGAAAUCGUUGCAUGUUGGGUUUAUAUUUUUGUUCAGUAUAAAUAAAGGGGAGUCACUGGGACGCCUCUCACACACAUUCUGAAGCAGCAUUAACUGGAUCAGCCAGUGAAUUACUGCUCUGUGAAAGACAGUUAUAAUUAUCGCUGAGUGAGCACUUUCAUAAUGCCGAACUGUUCCACAGCAUGAUCCCUGUAUUAAUGUUGGAUGAAUGUGUACUCUGCUAAUAAAUGCUGCAUGACAAGCACCUAAAUGCAUCUCAAUGUUAAAAGAUUAAAAGAAGAGACCAUACAUAUCUCAAUUCAAACUAUAAAACAGGUUGAUCAAUUCACAACACAGAGAGAUGAGAGAGAAAGAGAAGAGAGAGAGAUGAAAAGAGAGAGACUUGCUAUGCAAUGUCAUUACAUUACUGGAGUUACAUAUUCAUGUAUCUAUGCAUGAGUCCUCUACGUCUUCCAAUGACUAAAUUACAUAGGAAAAGCUGAAAAUGCCCCCUAUGACAAACUCAUAACUUGAAUUCUUGAGGACUUACAAGAAUCUAUUUUGUAGUAUGACCGAAAGGGGUGAGCACUAGAGCAUGUACUGCAAGUAUUAAAAUAACAGGUGUAUGUCAGAGAUUGUUGCUAUCCAGUUACACAUGGAAAUGGCUUCCAGCAUAAUACAUUUCAAUACCAUCACUGAUAUAGCCACAUUACCGGAACAGGUAUGAAGCCCUGAGAGCAAUAACAGUCAGUGCAUAAAUAGACUCAUAGUGACAGGGGACAAGUAACCCAAUGACAACCCAUUUCACUGCCUGUUGAUUGCCUUCAGAGUCAGAUGUGGCGGACUUUGACGGCAGAAGCUCCCUGCUCUACCGGUUUAACCAGAAGUCCAUGAGCACGGUGAAGGAUGUGAUCUCGCUGCGCUUCAAGAGCCGCCAGGCUGAGGGGGUGCUGCUCCACGGAGAGGGUCAGAGGGGCGACUACAUCACUCUGGAGCUGCACCGGGGCAGGCUGGCCCUCUACCUCAACCUGGGUGAGUUUGUCACACCUGGGUAGGCUGGCCCUCUACCUCAACCUGGGUGAGUUUGUAACACUUGGGCAGGCUGCAGGCACGUGCACAGAUAGGGCUCUAGUGGUGCUGGAGCACCUGCCCUUUGCCCUUUUUAAUUGGUGGCAUUUAAAAAUAUAUAUUUUUACUUAUUUAAAGUCUAUUUUCUAUUUUGUGUUGUACAUCUAAAUGUAAUGAAUUGUACAUCAAACAAGCUAAUUUCCCUGUCUGUCUGUGCACAGACCUGGCAGGCUGGCCCCCUACCUCAACCAGAGAGGUCAGGGGGCAGAGGUCAUGGGUAAUAGGACACAAGGGUAAGGUCAUGGGUAACAGGACACAAGGGACUCUGGGUACGGAUGAGGGAGUCUUUUGAAUCAUUUAAAAGGAGUCUGGGGAGCAGUCUGGGAGGGUAACUGAAUGUUUGUGUUCUGCUGCCCUUCCAAUUACCACUGCACCUGAGCUCCAUUUACUAGCUGGACUCAGACUGUUAAGGAUCCACAUUGUGAACAGCUGAGUCUUGGCAAGGCCAUUGUCAAGUAGUUUGUUUUCGGAACGUCUUGUGAGCACAUUCUAUGAGAGCUCCCUCAUUCCUCAAUAAACCGUACUGUUUUAUGAUCAAUUUCUAUAUCAAUAUUAAAGUAACUAUAUCAUCUGUUCUCUGUUUUCUGUCUUCAGAUGACACCCGGCUGCGGUUCAGCAGUGGUCGUGUUGCGGUCACUCUAGGGAGUCUUCUGGAUGACCAGCACUGGCACUCUGUUCUCAUAGAACGCUUCAACAAGCAGGUCAACCUCACUGUGGACACCCACAAACAGCAUUUUAGGACAAAGGGGGAAGGAGACUCUCUGGAGGUGGACUAUGAGGUGUGUCUAUCCAAACACAUAUUGUAGAAUAGUCAGAUACUUAUUCAGUAAAUAGUUCAACCAAGAUAUCAAGAAUAGUUCAACCAAGUUAUCUUACUCUAAGAUGAGCAGAAGAAAAACCUGAAUGUGGCAAUAAAAUGCAUUCUUGUUUCUGUGUACAUUUCUAAUAAGGAUGUUGUCAUUUCACCCUCUUUCAUCAUCAAAGCUCAGCUUCGGGGGCAUCCCACUGCCAGGUAAGCCUGGUACCUUCCUGAGGAAGAACUUCCAUGGUUGCAUCGAGAACCUCUACUACAACGGGAUCAACAUCAUCGACCUAGCCAAGCGACGCAAGCCUCAGAUCUACAGUGUGGUAAGACAACUAUUCUCAUCCAACCAUACCAUAGAUUAUUAGUACAUCCUUAAAAUAGUAUGUGGACAAAGUAGUUAAUCAACCAAUGCCUAUUAGAGCUCAGAGAUAGUCUGUUUUAAUUGCACUGUUGCUGUGAGACUUCACAUUUUGCUACAAUGUGAUUCUGUUUAAUCACAUUUGUAUUUGAGUUAGUCACAUAGCCUUAUCCAUGGUCCCUCAAACUGUAAGAGAUCCAGGGCAGAGACACUGUCCAUAGAGAACAAAGUUAUAUCUGAUCCUCACUACUGUGUCAUUAAGUCUAAAUCCAUGAAUAGAUUCAGCCGUAGGCACACCCUAUAAUUUGUACACCCUUCUCCCCCCCCCCCCCCCCCAAUCAAAUCAGACAGAAGCCAAAGUGCCACAUUGCAUCACAGACACCCUAUUCCCCUCGAAAAUCUGAUUGCUAUGUUAAAAGGCCUUUACUUACAAGUGAGAGAGUGACUGCGAUGAUGGAAUCCGUAAUGGAAUUUCAAUGUGGAAUACUAUCUGGCGAGGGAUCACAUUAAGAGUCAAAGUGCUGCCGAUUGCUCUUCUCUGCCUCUGAGGCACUGGGAUUGAUGGGCCGCUGACCUCAAUUGACAUGGAUGCUCUUUUGGUCCAUGGACCUCACAAGACCUCUGGAUCACUAGUGUGUUCUUUCUCUGCCCACCUGACGACUGACCUGGAUUGGAGGGGAGAAACUCAGAAUUUCAUAGUUUGUACCUUUUGAAUUCCAGAUAGUCAUUCAGCUUUAUAUGGCAUUCUCAAGGAAAUGUGUGGUUCUUACAGGCAAGUUAAUUAUCUAAAUACCAUAUUCAGUAAAUUGCUUUAUCAGCUCACUGUAUUUCAUUCUGCUCAGAUGAAUUGUACAGUAAAAGUACGGUAAAUCCAACAUGAGAUUAAUUAUGAAUUCAUCAUGUUGAUGGUAUGAGUGAAUAAUUCCAUUAUCUGUGUGUUCCAUGUGUGUUUCCAGGGCAACGUGACCUUCUCGUGCUCGCACCCCCAGCUGGUGUCCACCACAUUCCUGAGCUCCAGCAGCAGCUUCCUGUCGCUCCCGGCCACGCCGUCUGCUUCGGGGGGCUUCGCUGUGCGUUUCCAGUUCAGAACAUGGAACCCAGACGGGCUACUGCUCUUCACACAGCUGGCCCUGGAGCCCCAGAGACUGGAGCUGCAGAUAAGCAACAGCCGGCUGCGCUUGACCCAUCACAAGUCAGCCCAGCAGAAAGAAGAGGUCUCCACCGGUGAGGGCCAGGCCAACAUCCUUUAGCCUAGCUGACCCACACUAUGGGCUGGAAUCAGUGUUUGCACCAAGGGGGGCAGAGAAUAUAAAACGUUCUUCAUUCCAGCAAAGCAGACAGACAGUGAAAAGCUAAUCCAUCAUCCAGGGGGAGACUGUCUGUGUUUGGUUUUGCACAUCAUUACAUCAACAUCAUUCAUAUGACCUUUUGCCCCCGGUAAACUCAAAGCACACUUAAUCUUCUUGGAAUGGCUUGAGGAAAAAUUGCAUCCUUGUAUUUUGGACGUGAGCUUUACAGGAUUGCAGUCAGAGAGAAAUAACAUGUAUAAUUACGUUGGAUUGCAGAGCCCAGACUUUCAGCAGAUGGCAGGCACAGAGGGAAUUAUAGACACACAGAAAGACCGUCACAGCUUGGAAGCCCUUCACUAUAAAGGACAAUCAAAAUGAAUAUACCACAAUCUGCUGUUACGUCUGUUUGAAGCUGGAACCUACGGUCAAAUGAAUGUUUCAUCCAAUAUUAACCAGCAUUACGUUCUGUCCUCUGGCAAUGAUUUAGAUUCAAUCUGACCAGCCACACUUUAUUUUAUUUUCAUUUCCAUGUCAUCUUCCAUUCUUGUUUAGUAGUGUAGCACAGUUAUUAUGACAAACCACGUGACCAUAGAUUACACAGUGAAUGAUAGGCUCUGAUUUACAAUGUAAAAUGUAGCCUAGUACCUACAGUAUGUGGGAGAUCCCAAUCCCAACAGUCCCUGAAUGAACAUGUAGUUGAUGUUUGAUGAGCCUGUAAUAGAGAUUGAUAGUCUCUCAUUGAAGUGUCUCACAUAGAACAUACACACUGCUGUCUCCACAGGUCACAGAGUGAAUGAUGGACUGUGGCACUCUGUGAGUCUCAGCUCCCAAGGUCUCCAAGUCACCAUGACCCUGGACAACGAGCCAUCCUCAACCAUCGAGCUGGGGGACAACAUGGAGGCAGGCGACAGCCUCUACUUCGGAGGUAAGACCACACAGAAUGAGUCUUGUUGUCUGCAUCACUAUCUCAUGAAACCAUGUCUUGUUGCAGCGUCUGAAGACAUUAUUUGAAGAUGUAUACAGAAAAUGCUGAAUGAUGAAAAUACAAUGAUUUAGCAACACUUUUUCAAUCCGUGUCACAGGUUGUCCAUCUCUGAACAUCUUAGGCUGUGAGAACCCCACGUUGGCGUUUCAGGGGUGCAUGCGUCUCAUCUCCAUCAACAGCCAGCCCAUGGACCUGAUCCGGGUGCACCAAGGACGGCUGGGAACCUACAAGGAGCUGCAGUUUGACACAUGUGGCAUCCAUGAC